AAUUAUGAGGGUAGAAAAUGUGAUUCCUUUAAAGCUGGAGAAGACAUACCCACUUACCGAACAGCAUUUACAUGUUGAAACCUCAAUUUAUUAACUUUAUCUAGGAACAUGUUAAGACAUACUUAAAGGAAUAUUCUUUAGAAAACGGAAAAAGAAAAAAAAACUUCGGGAAAAAGAGCUUAGUUCAGUUCACUGGAAGAGCAUCGAAUUUCAUGCGGAGGAUGUGCGUUACGCAAUCUGUUACUUUCACUGGAAGCAUUAAAGGGCUAUAAAAGGUUCUUAAACUCAGCUUCUUUACCAGCAAGCACUUGUGGUCUCCUGAAUUUCUUUCUUUCUUUAUUUAAAUGUUAAUUCAAUAACAAUGAACCACUCAGCUCUUGUCAUCACUUUUCUAACCUGUGCUCUCUUGGCAAUGACGGAAGGAGUUCCACGCCUGCAGCCUAGAUGCCUGUGUACAGAAACAAUGCAACGGGAAAUCUCUGAUCAAAGAAUUGUGAAAAUUGAGAUCCAUCAACCUGGUCCUCAUUGCAUAAAUACAGAAGUAAUCGCUACGGUGAAAUUCCACAAAGAAAUUACAUUGUGCCUCAAUCCUACAGACCACUGGGUUCAAAGAGCCCUCAAAAAAAGAAACCUGACACCUUAGAUUGCUUGUACAAUGAAGAUGAUCAAAGGAGAAGAACAGAAAAAAGAACUGAAAUGUCUCAACAGCUUAAAAUGUAAAAUCUUAAAUGUCACAUUUUUAUUUUUCUUCACUCAUUGUAUGAGUAAAUAAUUCUAGCAGUGUUUUUUAUUUUUUUAUAAAAAAAAAAUGUAUGCGUCUAAUAAAACCAAAAACAUUGUUAAUAUAAUUAAUAUCGUUUUUUUGAAAGUUUGUUGUUCACAUAUUUAUAGUUAUGUUAAAGUUUCAGACACUAAUAUUAACAAUGAAAGAACAUCUCUGGAAGAUAUGCAUCCGCUCUUGUACCUUUAAUGUGAUCUGACAUUGUCCAUUAAAUUACAUAAACCCUAAAAA